AUGCGACGUCCAGCAAGUGAUGUUAGACAACGUGAAAGUGGUAGACGUUCAUCACUUGAAAAUAAUGGUUCAAGACGACGUAAUUCUAGUGUCCCAUUUCAUAAUGGACGUAUACAUGGGAUGAAUCCAAAUUCUAUGGAUAGUGAUACUGACUUUUUGUGUGAUCGUGCUGUCGAAUUUAUGGAAUCUGGUGAUAUACACAGUAUAGUUGCAGUGGAAUUAGCUGAGCAAAGUAUGUAUUUUGAAAGAUUAUUAAGAUAUCAUCAUGGCCGAGGAAAUAUACGCUUACCAGAAUUUCUAAAUCCUGGCUUCCCAUCAGUAUUAGAGUAUAUACGUAAGGGGACAACAGAGAUAAAUCGUGAGAAUGUUUACCACAUAUUUAUUGCAGCUGAUUUUCUAUUAGUCCCGAAAUUGAAACAAGAAUGUGCCAAUCUCCUGAAAGAGAUAGCCUCAGAUUCAUCGACUGCCAUCUCCUUAUGGUUGACAUGUAGAUCGCUUUACUGGCCUGAAGUGGGUAUGAUGGCAUUUCAAAAGAUACUGGAGAAUUUCGAAAGUGUAUGGCAAUCAACAGAUUUUCAGAAUUUAGACGCUGUCGAUGUUCGUGAAAUUCUGCAUGAAGAUGGAUUGAAUUGUAAACGUGAGAAGAAUGUAUUCGAUGCUAUCGUGAGAUGGGUUAGUGAGAAUUUCAAAACACGUAUACACUAUACACUGGAAUUGUUAUUAUGCAUACGGAUUGGAAUGUUGUCGGCAGCAGAGUUGGAUUAUAUCAAGAAUCAUGAUUUAGUUCGUGUGAUACCAGAAUACUUUGAUAUACUGAACCAAUGGCCUAACUGUUUAACUCUAACUGGUAAUCCGAUUAUUUCGGCUUAUGGACAACGAUUUAUUACGCCAAGAUUACCUCAUGAAGUAAGUUAUCCAGUGUGUGUGUGUGACUCAGAAAGUGCUGUAUACUCUCAUCCUUUAACUAGACUGUAA